AUGUCAGUGGAUCCAAGAGGAGAGGAAGGCCAGAUCGUAUAUGGGCAACCCAUCCGCAACUGCUACGUUCCGAAAACUAUUGCCCUUACAUAUGACGAUGGUCCAUCACAAAACACCGAUGAGCUGCUGGAUAUUCUCGACGAAGCUGGUGCAAAGGCAACCUUCUUCAUUACAGGGAAUAGCAAUGGCAAAGGUCCCAUCGACACGACGCGCAAGUGGACGGAUGUGAUCAAGCGCAUGGUCCAGGAGGGGCACCAAAUUGCCUCCCAUACUUGGUCUCAUGAUAACAUGGACGAGGUGGGGUCGCAAGCUCGCCGGCUCGACAUGGCUCAGAACGAGAGGGCACUCGCCAACAUCUUAGGCAAAUAUCCGGCAUACAUGCGGCCGCCUUACCUCCAAUGCAGCAACCACACCGGUUGUCUUAGCGACAUGAGAGACCUUGGAUACCAUGUCAUUUCGUAUGCAUUUGACAGCGGGGAUUGGAUGGAUCCUGACAAUUUCACUGCAAUGGCAGAGAGGGUUGACCAGGCGUUAGAGAGCGGAGAUGAGCAAGGAAGCAGGAUGCUGCUGAUCCAGCACGAUACAGUCCGCACGUCAGCCAUCGACCUUACCAAAUAUAUCCUGGACGUGGUCUCCCAAAGAGGAUGGAAAGGCUCGUACCAGGUCUGCUCUGCGCGUCGAAAAGAUUCACUGACCUGUUGUUAG